UAUAGUAAUAUAUUCAUUCAAGAAAGGUCACAAAAUUUCUGUUGUAUACAAACAAACUUAUUGCCAUAUUUGAUUUAUUAUGUUUCUUGCGAAAAAUAUAUAUACAUUCUUAUUUUUGAAAAAUUCUAGUCACUUAUAGUACUUAAUAAGCACUUAUAAUACUUACCUAUAGAUAGAUUGUUUUUGACUGUUUUGAUUAAAUGGAGGUUAUGGAUUACGCAGAAGGAGAAGAAGCACAAAUGGAAUAUGUAGUAGAAAAUCAAUCUGAAGAAUCCGAUAAUGAUAAUGCUGACGAUUUAGAAAUCCAAGCUCAAACAGAAGAUACAAAAGACAAUGAUGAAAAUGAAACAAAAGCAAAAAAGGCAAAAGAAACAACUUUAGAUGAAUCUGAUAUUGAUUCUGACCAGUCUUGUCCAAUAUGCAUGGAUUUAUGGACUAGUUCUGGGGAUCAUCGUUUGUGUUGUUUACGAUGUGGACAUUUGUUUGGAUAUAAUUGCAUUUUAAGAUGGUUACAAACUUCUUGCACUAGUGGCAACCGUCGUUGUCCACAAUGUAAUAGGAGAGCUGCUGUGAAAGAUAUCAGAAUGUUGUAUGCCAAAAAGUUAACGUCUAUAGAUACCAGUGAAUUGGAUAAAUUAAAAGAACAAUUAAAUAAUGUUAGUUCUGAAAAAAAUCGUAUAGAAAUGGAACUUUCAAAAUAUACUUUAAGACAAAAGUUAUUUGAACAGCAAAUUGCUAGUAUGAAGAAUAGGAUCUCUGAACUAGAAAGUCAGCAAUCAGAAAUAAAUGUUCAUUCUUGCCAGGAGAUUUCUAAGCAUAUGAUUAAAAAGUUCCAUUUAGAUCGAUCUAUAGAGAUAUGUAAGGACGGCGGUUGCCGUGUAUUAGACUACAACCCAUGGUUUGGAUUCCUAGUUGUAUCUCAGAAGUCAACUAAUAUGUUAUUUUCGGGUUAUGGUAUUAAAAAAAUUGACUCGGAUAAAUUUCAACCACGUCAAUUUAUUCUUUUACAUAAUCAAGUUAUAAGAGAUAUUACAUUUAAUACAACUCAACAGUCAUUGCUGCUUAGUGUUGGUUUUGAUAAAUGUGCAAAAUUAAUGGAUAUUCAAAAUCACAUUAUUUUGCAUACUUAUCAAACAGGAUCUCCAUUGUGGAGCUGCUGUUGGUCAGGCAAUAAUUCAAAUGUGUUUUUUGCGGGUGCACAAAAUGGAUCUAUAACACAAUUUGAUAUUAGACAAACUUCUGGUGCUGUUGAAACUUUAGACAAUACAGGCGACAGAUCACCAGUAGUUUCUCUAGCAACAGUGCCAUCUAAUCCGGGUAGCGGUAUUAGUCGAGGUGGAUUCAUAGCAUGCCAUUUGAGUACAUGCUAUGCUUAUGAGCAAAAAGACUCAAAAUAUUUACCUAAACAAAUAUUCCUUGAAGGUCCGUUUAUAUCUGUGUGUUAUGAUCAAAAGAAUAAUCAUACUUUAAUAUCUUCCCGACCAAAUGCUAGACAGCCUCAUGCACGACACAUAGUAUGUACUAUAGAAAAAGACAGUGAGGAAUCAACAAUUUGUAAUAUAGUACAUACGUUCCAUGCUGGUAAUUCUCAACAGUUAUUGUCUCGACCAUGUUACUUAAAUAUUGAAAAUGAUACAUUAGUUGCUGCAUACCAAGAAUCUAGUACCAGUAUAUCAUUAUGGAGUGUAUCUACUGGAAAACAAGUAAAUAGUCUUCCUGUUUCUGAUCCUGUAGUGGAUAUAUGUGCAGUUGACGUUAGUAAUAAUUUAUAUUUGGCAACACUCUCUUCAAAAAAAGUUAGAAUUUAUAAUCAUGGAUAACUAUCAUUACUAUGGAAGUAAAUAAAAAUAUCUCAUAUUUUUUCUAUACACAUCAUACAUUUAUAAUGUAAUAGGUACAUGAUAUAACUAAUAAUAUUGUAUUUGCUUCUACAUUAAAUUUAAACAACAUUAUUUUAUAUAAAAUUAUGUGUUGUCAAAAAAAAGUAAUGAUACAAAAUCUAAACUCGUAAAUAUGAAACAUAAAUUUUCUUAUUAACGACAAUGCAAAAAUUUCCAUAUACAUAACUUGAAUUAUCAAAAAAUACUAAAAGGAAAUUUUUAUGUUACCAUUUCCCAUUUAAAGAUACACAUGUUUAUCGCUGUGCAUAUAUACAAUGAAUAUUUGUUAUAUAAAUAUUUUUCUAUCACUCUAAAAACUGUUUCAGUAGUUUUCCUAUUCUAUUUCAAAACAGGAUAAUAAUAUUAGAGAUAAUUAUAUAUUUAUAUACUAUUAGAUAAUAU